AUGCUUACUGUCAGUUCUUUCUUGGAUAACUUUAGCCUCGAACUUGACGGUGAAAAGGAUCUUUUGAGGGUUCUCUCUGAAAAGGAACCGACAUUUGCUGAAGUCAACGAAUAUCUUGCUAAAUUCCGCAUCGCAUGUCAAAAUACCGUAUUCCACUGCUUCGAGACCCGAGUGCAGCAGAACGAUGAAAAAAAUAAAACGCUGGGAACGGAGAGCACAUCUCUGCAGGUCGAAGGCCGGUUAUGGGAUAUGCAUGUGAAGAUCAACACACGGUUUCGCAAGCUUUUAUCUCGUUUCCGUGAUCAAAGCGCACAGAAAAAGAGACCCACUGAAAAUCGGAAGCUGCAAAGCCAUUAUUUGAACUUUAUCAAAUCGAGUCAGCGCUUCUACCGUGGCUACAUCCAACAUCUUGUUUCGCGAUUCAACUGUAUCCCGGAACUGGAGAAAUUAGCCAAGGAGCUUAAAUUUGAGACUCUCUCCGCAGAAGAUAAACCUGAAAUUCCGGAAGAUCUACGCAACAGUGUUGUGCUUACCUGCCAUGCAACCCUUAUCCGCCUUGGCGAUCUUUCCCGUUAUCGCGAAAUGGAACUGGUUCCGCCGACGAAGAAUCGAAAUUGGGAUUGUGCUAUCAGAUAUUACAAAUUGGCCGAUACUCUUAAUCCAGACUCUGGGAUGUCUCACAACCAGCUAGCUGUUAUUGGGCUUGCGGAUGGGAACCAUCUGCAAGCAACUUAUCAUCUAUACCGCGCCUUAUCUGCCCGCGAGCCAUACCCGACGUCCAACGGGAAUCUAGAAAUCGAAUUCAGAAAGGUGUUAGCAGCUUGUGCCAAGGGGGAGUCUAUCGGAAGCUCAGAGGAUGGGAAGGCCACGCUAAUUUCAAUGUUCAUCUACCUACAUGCCCAGUGCUACAAGGGGGUAGAUUUUCCAGAGCAUGAUGAACUCGAAAAUGAGAUCCUCAGUCAAAUGGCGGUUGAUCUCAAAGAGCUUUCUUUGCACCCGCCUCUAUUGCAGAAAUUUUGUUUAAUAAACAUCGCUGCUGAAGACUAUGCAAAUGCCAGGUGGACGAACCGGGAAAAAGAUGUGGACGGUGUACAGCCCGCACGCGAUGCUAGGCAGUUUUUCCAGAGACUUAAUGUGAAGACUUUCUUCACUCUCUUACAGAUAUUGCUUUCCGAGCUUGAAUGCUCAGUUGCGGCAAACGAGUCUGAGAAAAUCACUCCCGUCGCGCAAAUUGUUUUGCCUGCCUUGCGACAAUAUAGCUCCUGGUUGCUUUCGAAUAGCGGCUCUUUGGUCUGUGAAGAUAAGGAUACUCUGCUAUGUGUGCAGAUCAAAGAGUUUUGGAAAAUGUACGCGAGCACUUUAAAUCUACUUACUUCUAGUUUUGACGUGCCAAGCCUUUCCGACAUCGGGUAUCUUCUUCAUGAAGAUGAAGAUACACUCGGGUUUAGUCCCUUCGUUAAUGAUAUAACGUGGCAAAGAUAUGUUGAUGAGUGUGGGCAGAAAAAACCCAGACUUGGUGAUCUCGAGGAGAAACUGCCCGUUCAUAUUGAGAUGCUAUUUCGCGUCCGUGAAUUUGUGAUUGAUGGUCUUGAUUUGGUUGUCCAGGAGAAAAUCCCCAUAAUUCUAGCAGAUAGUAAUGAGACAAAACUAUUCGUCUAUAAAGAAGAAGGGCUCCCUCAAUUCUCGAGCCCAAGCGGGCAUCAACACAGACAUACUCUUUCGUCAACUAGCGUAGACCGCGAAGACAUUCACCCACCUGAAUCUAACCAGGAGCCAAUGGAAUAUGCCAAUUCCCAAUCAGCAUCAGCAUCCAUCUCCCUCGCCAUGAACCAGAUGGUUGACAAACUUGUCGAAUCGGAGACAAAUGAGAACUGUCCACCAAUUGAAAGAACCCUCUCGUCAUCCACGGCAUGGCACAACGCAAACAUGAUUAACAUCAAUACCCACAAUACAGCUUCUCAACAAGACGGCAGUGGCGAACACUCUAGCAACGGUCAUUGCACAGCAACUGGAACUGGAACCGGAACCCUCAAUUCGUACAGCCCCAUCAUUGAGCCUCUACCCCCACAAUCAUACUCACCCCGCCCCACCCUACCAAGUAUUCUAAAUACCCCAUUUGCGCCUCAACCAGGUGAGGCCAUAUCCCCAGCAACCCGUCCUUCUACCGCCAUCAGGCAAGGCGAACAAUAUCAUCCGAACCUCUACGCAAAUAAUAACAGAGGAUUCCCCCAGGCCCAAGAUUUCUCACGACUACAACAGUACGGGAUAGGUUUCCAAAACAGCUUACAAGCCCCGUCCACGCCCAAUGACUAUUCAUAUCCAACAAGCAACUUAUCGCCAACGCAGAUGCAAACGCCAAGUAUUUCCUAUAAUAACGAUGGUGGAGGCGGUUAUGCCACUCAUAAUCCACCACCAGGCCUUCCAUUCAACUGGCCUUUGAACAAUGCUACUCUCCAGUACAAGCAGCGCGGACCUAAUCAGCCGGGAAGUCCGUACUAUCAGUACUCGUCUUACAAUUCAGUUUCUAGUGCGAACUCUAAAGCAUCGCAUUUGGGUGCCGGCGUUAUUGGCCAGACACCGCCCAGUGGACAGGGGAGUGGCGGAUGA